CCAACGAUCCAUCCCCGUCAGGCGGUUAUCCUGGUAGAAAAAAGGAUAUGCGUAGACGGAACAAGAGAAAAAAAAACCAUACAAGUAUUAUUUCACUUCCGAAUGACUCGGAAUGAAUGGUCCGUAUUCGGUACAUUAGACCGGCGGAAUGUCUAGUGAUGAGGACGUGUAGCUGGUAUCGAAUAUCACCUCCUAUGUUGAAAAACCACACUCCAUACCAGUUCAUUAGCGGUUUCUUAUUCAGUUCCCGCUCGACGUUCGGCAGCUUCACAUUGUGUUUUUAAAACGGGGUUUUGUUUUUAGUCGAAUCAUUUAGUGUUUUCAGGAUGAAUUAAACUUAUUAUCUAUUAAGAUUGUAUAUAUGCAUUAUUCUGAAAUCCAAGAGUUAAACAAUAUCAACAAAAAUUGCGCGAUUUACGAUUUGGAAUUUCAAAGAAAUGACCGAUGAAAGGACACCGCUCACAUCGGUUCCUCCACCGGUGCGGCUCGACACGGAAGAAUCUUCAUCAUACGUACAUCACGUCAAAGGACAAGAGACGAUACGUGAGCGCCAGGUGAAAAACUUUCAGUGCUGGAUUUGUUCCUCCAUCUUGGGAGCGUUCGUUAUUGCAAUUACUAUUAGUCUCAGUUACAUCAUCAUAACGGAUCUGAAACCUGACUCAUCUAACAGCACAAAUGAAACAACAGCAGAUUUUCCGGAUUUGUUUAAUCUCAUUAGCUUCCCGAUAACCGACGAACCCAUCCCCAUGUGGGACGCCCCGAAUGUGACUGAUCUGGACGUGGCCGAAGCGAUUUCCGAGGGCGAGAAAGCCUUAGGCGAUAAAGAACUUCUCGAGGAAGCUUUGAUGGCACCGCCGAUCAAUUCACCGACGUAUCGACACCAACGUGCAAUCAGUACUACAACAGCGGCACGGUUGGCGUCAAAGGUUGGAUACGUAGAAAACAAAGCUACAAAGGCUAUUGCCAAAAAGUUUAACGUUCAGAAACGACAUCGACGGUGGAGUAUUGGCAAGGGACCGUCCACGAAGAUACCUCAUAGCAAUGCAACUCAAACCUGUAACUUCAAUGCCCGGUAUCGAACUAACAAUGGUACUUGUAAUAAUAAGAAAUUCCCCUUCCUUUACGGGGUCACCAUGCUCCCGUUCCGUCGUCAGUUAACACCGGACUACGCAGACGGGGUAGCUAGUCCGCGUGCUACGGUUGACGGUAAGGAACUUCCAAGUGCCCGUCAGAUCUCCUUGGAAAUUCAUCGUCCGUCGUACCGUAAUGAUCCAAACUUUACUGUCAUGCUAGCGGUAUGGGGUCAAUUUUUGGAUCACGACAUCACGUCAACGGCACUGAAUCAAGGCGUAGGUGGUAAAGCCAUUGAGUGUUGUGAUCCGAGCCAACCACGUCACCCGGAAUGUUAUCCGGUUCCACUUGGUCCGGGUGAUCCGUACUACCACGAAUAUAAUGUGACCUGUAUGAACUUUGUACGUUCGAUUCCGGCUCCGACGGGACAUUUCGGACCACGGGAACAGCUGAACCAAGCUACGGCAUUCAUCGAUGGUUCGGUGGUGUAUGGUUCAGAUGAUGUCAAAGUUAAGCAACUUCGAAGUGGGGUAGAUGGAAAACUUCGCAUGUUGCGGACACCGGAUAAUAGGGAACUGCUGCCAAUAUCAACUGAUGUCGCCGACGGGUGUAAUGAAGAGGAAAUGAACGCUUUGGGGAAGUACUGUUUUGAAGCUGGUGAUCCACGGGCUAACGAAAACCUGCAUUUGACAUCAAUGCAUUUGAUUUGGGCAAGGCAUCAUAACAGUUUGACCGAGGAAUUGAAGAAGGUCAAUCCGGAUUGGGACGAUGAACAACUGUUCCAGGAAGCACGACGUAUAUUAGCGGCCCAGAUGCAACAUAUAACCUACAAUGAGUUUGUUCCAGUGAUCAUUGGAGAAGAUAAUAGUAUGAAAAUGGGUAUCAUGCCCGAUCAGGAGAGCGAUCGCGAUACCUACAACUCGACAGUAGAUCCGUCAAUAGCAAAUGUGUUUGCUGCAGCGGCUUUCCGAUUUGCUCACACGCUACUUCCGGGUUUGAUGAAAAAAACAAUGGAUCCGACGUCGUCAUCUUCGGGAAUAGAGCUUCACAAGAUGCUUUUCAAUCCGUAUUCGCUGUAUGGUAGAACGGGACUGGACGACGCGAUUGGUGGUGCUAUCAGUACCCCUCUGGGCAAGUAUGAUCAAUAUUUCACCACAGAACUUACCGAGCACCUGUUUGAGAAAUCCCAGGAUUUGCUACACGAUCGCCCCUGCGGCUUGGACUUAGUUUCGUUGAACAUUCAGCGAGGACGGGAUCACGGACUUCCGUCGUAUCCCCAUUGGAGGAAACACUGUCGUCUACCACCGGUAGAUAGUUGGGCAAAUAUGGCCGAUACGGCCGAUCCAGAUUCUCUGAAACAAAUGCGCAAAAUUUACGACCAACCUGACAAUGUCGACGUGUAUUCUGGUGCACUGAGUGAACCUCCUGUUAAGGGAGGAGUUGUUGGACCAUUGCUUACAUGUCUCCUGGGCGAUCAGUUCGUACGUUUGAAGCAAGGUGACUCGUUCUGGUAUGAACGCAAAAAAGGACCGCAGCGUUUCACAAGCGACCAGCUACGACAGAUCUACAAUACCAGGUUAUCCAGCAUCAUAUGUCGUAAUUCGGAUGCCAUCACCCGCUCACCGGUUUAUCUGAUGCGUAAGUAUAAUGAGGAAACCAACCCAAGAGUACAGUGCGCUGAGCUGGAUACGUUCGAUUUUGAAACAUUUCGGGAUAGGAAAAACAAUCUUUCGGGACGGGUGAAGCUGGCUACGCCUGAUUUCGGUGUUUCUAUUGUGCAACCGAAGCAGAAAGCUUUCGUCGGACAAAGCCAAAAUGUAACAACAGGAAAUGUGCUGGAUAAUGCUACGACAACCAAAGAAGCGGUAACGACAUCAACACCGGUUACUCCUAGUACAGUAACAGAGCCUUUGGUGUAGACUUUAGAUUAAAAAUGGUGAAAAGCAGAAGGGAUGUGUAAAUGUGGUGUGAAGGAAAUCAGGGCAUGAAAACUGAAUCUGAACCCAGAACCACCCAGAAGCGGAUUUUGGUAAUUAGUUAUAUUAAAAGUUUCUACGAGUGUUUCACAUUGAA